AUGGCAGGAGAGCAAGGAGUGAAGCUACUGGGAGCCUGGUUCAGCCCUUUUGCUCAAAGGGUUGAGUUGGCACUGAAGCUGAAAGGAGUAAAAUAUGUGGCUGUUGAAGAAGAUAUUUUCAACAAGAGCCCUCUCCUUCUCAAGUCAAAUCCAGUCCUCAAGAAAAUCCCAGUCCUCCUUCAUAAUGAAAAAUCCAUCUGUGAAUCACUUGUUAUUGUUGAGUACAUUGAUGAAACCUGGAAACUCAACCCCAUUUUGCCUCAGGAUCCCAGUGACAAAGCUGUAGCAAGAUUCUGGGCUAAGUAUAUAGAUGAGAAGUUAAUAGAAGUGAUAAGAAAAAUCCUAUUUUCGAAAGCCGAGGAACAAGAGGAGGCAGUGAAGCAAGCAAAAGAAGCCCUAGAAGUGCUUGAAGAAGAGGUCAAAGGGAAGAAAUUAUUUGGAGGAGACACAAUUGGGUUAAUUGACAUAACUUUGGGAUGGAUUAGCCUAUGGUUGGGGGUCAUUGAAGAAGCUUCAAAUGUUCAAAUAUUUGAUUCUGAAAAAUUCCCUUGUCUUGCCAAAUGGGUGCUCAAUUAUCUUGAGUACCCUUUUGUCAAAGAGACUAUGCCACCCAGAGAUCAAUUGGCUGACUUCUUCAAGAAUUUUAGAUGGAAAAAGAGGUUCAAUGUUGCUGUGAGAACAGCUGAGGGCUUAGCCUAUCUUCACCAUGAGUGUUUAGAAUGGGUAAUUUAUUGUGACGUGAAACCUGUAAACAUUCUCCUGGACAGUGAAUUUGAAUCCAAGAUUUCAGAUUUUGGGCUGGCCAAGUUGUCCCCGAGAGGCAAACAAACUUUAGAAGCCUCCAGGAUUAGCGGUACAAAGGGUUACACGGCUCCAAAGUAG